UUUUGUGUCCCCGCCCUCCCCCGGGGACCGCAGCGGGCUGAACUGCUGGUGUCAGAGCCCGGCGAGCGCUGGCAGUUCCGCGGCGGGGAUGCCGAGGAGCGCUGGGUCCGCGAGCAGCCCUGGCCCCUGCGGACUUCCGAGGCCGUGAAAACCCCUGCGCUGCGGCCCUUCCCAGGCCCCCGAGGCCGUUCGCCGUUCCCGAAGCCCGACCGGGGGAAGAGUCCAGCACCAAAGCGGCCGUUCUCGGAUUCCGGAGCGUUCUGGAGCCCCGAGAGACGCCCCGGGGUUCUAGAAGCUCCCCGGCGGCGCCCAGUCCCGGCUUCCUUCGGGCGUCCGUCCGAAAGCCGCUCGGGUGCACGGGUCGUCGGCGAGCCGCGACCGGGUCCUGGCGCGCACCAUGAUCGUGGCGGACUCCGAGUGCCGCGCACAGCUCAAGGACUACCUGCGGUUCGCCCCGGGCGGCGUCGGCGACUCGGGCCCCGGAGAGGAGCAGAGGGAGAGCCGGACUCGGCGAGGCCCUCGAGGGCCCAGCGCCUUCAUCCCCGUGGAGGAGGUCCUUCGGGAAGGGGCUGAGAGCCUCGAGCAGCACCUGGGGCUGGAGGCACUGAUGUCCUCUGGGCGAGUGGACAACCUGGCAGUGGUGAUGGGCCUGCACCCUGACUACUUUACCAGCUUCUGGCGCCUGCACUACCUGCUGCUGCACACGGAUGGUCCCUUGGCCAGCUCCUGGCGCCACUACAUUGCCAUCAUGGCUGCCGCCCGCCAUCAGUGUUCUUACCUGGUAGGCUCCCACAUGGCCGAGUUUCUGCAGACUGGCGGUGACCCUGAGUGGCUGCUGGGCCUCCACCGGGCCCCUGAGAAGCUGCGCAAACUCAGCGAGAUCAACAAGUUGCUGGCGCAUCGGCCAUGGCUCAUCACCAAGGAACACAUCCAGGCCUUGCUGAAGACCGGCGAGCACGCCUGGUCCCUGGCUGAGCUCAUUCAGGCUCUGGUCCUGCUCACCCACUGCCACUCGCUCUCCUCCUUCGUGUUUGGCUGUGGCAUCCUCCCUGAGGGGGAUGCAGAUGGCAGCCCUGCCCCCCAGGCACCUACACCCCCCAGUGAGCAGAGCAGCCCCCCAAGCAGGGACCCAUUGAACAACUCUGGGGGCUUUGAGUCUGCCCGCGACGUGGAGGCGCUGAUGGAGCGCAUGCGGCAGCUGCAGGAGAACCUGCUGCGGGAUGAGGGGACGUCCCGGGAGGAGAUGGAGAGCCGCUUUGAGCUGGAGAAGUCGGAGAGCCUGCUGGUGACCCCCUCAGCUGACAUCCUGGAACCCUCUCCACAUCCAGACAUGCUGUGCUUUGUGGAAGACCCUACUUUCGGAUACGAGGACUUCACUCGGAGAGGGGCUCAGGCGCCCCCUACCUUCCGGGCCCAGGAUUAUACCUGGGAAGACCAUGGCUAUUCACUGAUCCAGCGGCUCUACCCUGAGGGUGGGCAGCUGCUGGACGAGAAGUUCCAGGCAGCCUAUAGCCUCACCUACAAUACGAUCGCCAUGCACAGCGGGGUGGACACCUCCGUGCUCCGCAGAGCCAUCUGGAACUAUAUCCACUGCGUCUUUGGCAUCAGAUAUGAUGACUAUGAUUAUGGGGAGGUGAACCAGCUCCUGGAGCGGAACCUCAAGGUCUAUAUCAAGACAGUGGCCUGCUACCCAGAGAAGACCACCCGAAGAAUGUACAACCUCUUCUGGAGGCACUUCCGCCACUCAGAGAAGGUCCACGUGAACUUGCUGCUCCUGGAGGCGCGCAUGCAGGCCGCUCUGCUGUACGCCCUCCGCGCCAUCACCCGCUACAUGACCUGACUCCUGAACAGGACCUGGGCCCGGUUCAGCUCCCCACAAGGACUUCUCUGUCUGGAGACAGCCCCAGACUCUUUUGUGUCUCCUGCCCACCCUCCCCACGCUGGAGUGGGCUUGUGUGUGAUGUGCAGUCCCGAAGCCACGCCCUCCCUUCUCCUCUCUGGAACGGACAGUUCAUUGCACUGACUCUGGGAUCUCAGCCCUGCUUCUGGGAGCUGGAAGAGCACUAGGAGAUCCUAAGGGACCACACCCUUCCUCCUUCCCCUGCCCCCAGAGGCAGAGGGCACAGGAAAGAAGACGGGCCAAGCUCGGACGUAAUGUGCCACAAGUGUUGUGGCUUUCCUGAACUGGGAAGUCCCUGGCUGGCCCCCGAGGGAGAGGGGCAAAUGCCUCUGGGACUGACACUCCAGGCAGCGUUGCCUUCUCUCCCCUGUCAUUCCCAGGUUUCAUUACCUCCUACUUGCCAUUCACCCAUCAAUGUGAAAGUCAGGGUCACAGCUGGUCUGUGUGUCCAGUUCCCUAAAAGCCUAUUCUGUUGGGCAGCCUGAGGCUGUUGCCUGAAUCCUAGUUCAGUUUUUUUACUUCCUUUGCCCUUUUUUCCUUUUCUCCAUGCUUAAUGGUGUGAGGCCUCAGGAGAGAGGCCAAACACAUAAAAAAAAAAAAAGCAGAUUAUCUCUAGAGAGUUUGAACCUUUGCUGGUCACAUUGCCUUCUGAAGAGGAGGGAGUAUUAGAUUAUAAAUCCUCUUUAUUUUGGUCCUUUACGCUUGAGGUUCCAACCUGGAGCCACGGUGUGUGAGAGGAGGAGGAGAGGGAGAAUUCUGUUCUCCCAGAGCUGCACCUGCCUCGCAGAGGCCAGCACCCCACUCUCCUGCCUCCAGUGGCCCUGCCGCCGAUGUCUGCCAAAAAGUUGAGCCUUUCUAGAUGGCUUAGGUGGCACCAUGGCUCAGCAGGAGGGGUGGGAGGCACCAGGGUUCUUGUUUGGACCCUGCCCCUGAGCCAUGGCCAGGUGACCAUGGCUACAUUGGCCAAACCUCUGACUGCCACAGCUGCAGACUGAGAGGGUGGGUCUGAGUCCCCACAAUGUCUGAAGCUGCCCCUGGGAUUCUCAGGCCAACCUGCCAACAGCAAGCGGAUUUUCUUGCAAGAUCAGGGACCCCACUUCUGCAGCCAGUGUCUCCUGGUGCCUUCUGAGGACUCUCACCCCCAUCCCAGUAUCUCAUCUGUCCCCUCUCCUGGGGCUUAAGUGGAUUGCUUCGAGGCAGAAGCAGCCAAGCACCGAUUCCAGGCACUUUCUGUAGCAAACGACUGUGAAUUACGACUUCUCUUGCCCUUCUUCUAGCAGUCUGUGCCUCCUCUCUGACCAGUCUGGAGGACACUGAAGAAAGGCAAGGGCCGUGCUGCUGCUGGGCAGGGCAGGAGAGGAGCCUGGCCAGUGUGCCACAUUAGAUACCCGUGCAGGCGCGGAGAAGCAACUGGCAUCCCCUUCAGGCCUGAAAGCCCUCCCUGCAAGAAGAAGGUGUGCAGGAGAGAAGAGGCCCCAGCGUGGGGAUUUGGGUUCUAGAGGGGAUGUGAUGACUGUCCACUGGGUGGGUAGGGACUAGUAUCCAGUGUUCAAGUGCAGAAAUCUUUGGCUUUGCUACCAGUUCCAUAUGACGAGAAAUAAACGUUCGCUGAGGUUUUGUUUCAUA